CUUAGUCCCAGAAUUCAACGUUCCAGACGCUUCUCUGUUGCUAGAAGAAGGUGUUACUAUUUCCGAUGUCCAGCCGAAUGGCUUAUCUGCAAACUUGUGGACCUCCUUUCCGGCGGAUGUAUCGAAGCUUGACACGCCUGCUGUGGACUCGCUGGCCUCAGAUUCCGUUCCCAGACCUCUGCCUAGCUCACAAGCUUUGGCUGUUAACGACAAAGUGGUACACAGAAAGAGCUUGUAUACAAUUGAUGAACACGACGUCUCCGGCACAUAUGAUCCUGUUCGAUACAAAGAGGUGUCUGAGAGCUCAUCCAUUGCUGCCUCUCAUCCAUCCUGUUCCUCAGCGAAAUCCCCAGCUCCAAACCAGCCUGCCUCAGGCUCAACUAAUUCCAAAUCUCCGGAACACAAUCGCUCCGCGAUCCAUACCAUUUUGGCCUCUCUUCCUGCUUCCCAAUUGAAACGCUUGGAAACGAUGAUUAGUUGCUUGUUGGAUAAAAAGGGCCAGAACAAGUCGGUACCACUUUCGUCAGCUAAGUCCAACGGGAUAGUCUGUGGAGAAUCCUCUAGCAUUCAUCCAAGCCAUUUAGUAGAUGCGGCAGUGAACACAAGUAAAGUAUUUGCAGGUGAUCCAGCUCUCUCUUUGCACGGUCGACAGCAGCGAUUCACUGAUGACCGAACUUGUAUUCACUCAAAUUCCAAGCGUUCUGACGACCAAUCACACAUUCGUCCAUUACCAACGGCUCCUUCAGCUGGAAGCAACUGCAGCCACGCUUCGGUUUCCACUCGUUGCCUGCGCGUAGUUUCAAGCUCCAUUGAGGAGAAUAAACAACCUUCUCGGCCUAUUCGCACUCUCGCCGAACUUCGACCUAUGUUGCGGUUGCAGUCGAACACAAAUGCACACUCGGUAACGGUUCUUUGUCUCACGACUGUGUGUAUGCGCGCUCGUACGUAUUUUUCCUUUUGGGACGGAAUCUGUUGA